AAAAGAAGAAGGACACCACAUGAUGACGUGGACAGUCCCUACGUGUAACACAACCAAGCGUUCAUGUACUCCCUGGCUUUUCAACCAAGCUUCCUCGGAAGGAACUCACCCUCUCCCUCUCUCUCUCAUCUCUUCACCAGCUUUACUUGAAUCUUUGGAUCAUUCCCACCUUUUCGUUCGUGCUUUCUGGAUCCGGAUGGCGAUCAAAGACGAGACGGAGGAGAGCUGCGGAAGCAGAGCCGUCGUGUCGGUAACUAAGGAGAACCCUAGGCAGCAGCGUAUGAAACUGGAGGUGUACGGUGACGUCCUGCAGAGAAUCCAGGAGUCUAAUUACGAAGAAGCUAACCUCCCUGAUUUCGAUGAUCACCUCUGGCUCCAUUUCAAUCGUCUCCCUGCUCGAUAUGCUAUGGAUGUAAAUGUUGAGAGAGCUGAAGAUGUACUCACUCAUCAGAGAUUGCAAUUGGCUGAAGAUCCUGCUACUAGACCUGUUUUUGAAGUUCGUUGUGUCCAGGUUUCUCCAUCACUCAAUGGACAUUCUACUGACACUGAUGCUUCAGAUCCUGCUGUGAGGGAAGAUGCUCAAAGCUCAUACCACUCUAGCAGGGUUCUUGCGCCUCCAACUUUUGGUUCUUCUCCGAAUUUUGAGGCGUUUACACAAGCUUAUAAACAUCAUGCCGAAGAUGAUGAUAGUGCUGUCAAUGCACAUUUUCCUAAUUCUCGACCGAUGCACGAGAUCACUUUUUCAACCAUUGACAAGCCGAAACUCCUCAGUCAGUUAACUGCCCUGCUUGGUGAACUUGGAUUGAACAUUCAAGAAGCUCACGCUUUCUCUACUGCGGAUGGUUUCUCUCUGGAUGUUUUCGUUGUUGAUGGUUGGUCCCAGGAGGAAACAAAAGGUUUAAAAGAUGCAUUGAAGAAGGAGAUACUGAAGCUUAAGGAUCAACCUAGUUCAAGGCAAAAGUCUAUUACUUUCUUUGAGCAUGACAAGUCCACUAACGAGCUUCUACCCGCCUGUGUUGAGAUACCUACGGAUGGAACUGAUGAGUGGGAGAUUGACAUGAAGCAGCUCAAAAUUGAAAAGAAAGUGGCAUGUGGAUCAUACGGGGAACUGUAUAAAGGAACCUAUUGCAGUCAAGAAGUAGCUAUCAAAAUCCUAAAACCUGAGCGUGUAAAUACUGAAAUGCUCCGAGAGUUUUCUCAGGAAGUGUAUAUAAUGAGAAAAGUAAGGCACAAAAACGUUGUCCAGUUUAUCGGUGCAUGUACACGUUCUCCGAACCUAUGCAUUGUGACAGAGUUCAUGGCUCGGGGCAUAUAUGAUUUUCUUCACAAACAGAAAGGAGUGUUUAAACUUCAGUCUUUGCUCAAAGUGGCACUUGAUGUUUCGAAAGGAAUGAACUAUUUGCAUCAAAACAAUAUUAUUCACCGAGACCUCAAGACCGCUAAUCUUCUUAUGGACGAACAUGAUGUCGUCAAGGUUGCUGAUUUUGGGGUUGCGAGAGUACAGACUCAGUCAGGGGUCAUGACAGCUGAAACUGGGACUUACAGAUGGAUGGCUCCUGAGGUCAUUGAGCACAAACCUUAUGAUCACAGAGCAGAUGUCUUCAGUUACGCGAUCGUGCUGUGGGAACUUUUGACUGGAGAGUUCCCAUAUUCUUGCUUGACUCCACUGCAAGCAGCUGUUGGUGUUGUCCAAAAGGGACUUCGACCGAAGAUCCCGAAGCAAACGCACCCAAAACUGACUGAACUUCUUGAGAAAUGCUGGCAACAAGACCCAGCUCAAAGACCAGAUUUUGCAGAAAUUAAAGAAAUGGUUACGCAACUACUCCAUGAGGUUGGAGAUGAGGAGCACCAAAAGGGUAAACGUAGUGGAUACUUCUCAGGUCUAAGAAAAGGCCACCAUUGAUAUAUUCUCAAGUAGAUGCUGAAAACUUGAAAGUUUGAUCGGUCUGAAUAGAGCUCAGCUCUCAGCUCUCAUCUUGCUUUGUAUAGUUUUUUGUUUUUUAUGUGAGGGAUCUCUGUAUAACUGUAGAGUAUUUUCCUAGAGCCUCACUUCUUACUUCAGAGUUCUUUUUUGAGAAGAAUCAUUGAGCGGCUAUGAAAUUAUGUUGUGACUACAUUACUUUCUCUGAGGUCGAGUGAAACUAGUGAUCUUAUUUUU